CCUUGAUGUUCGGCAGAAGAUAUUUCGUAUACAGUCUCACACACACGCUGAAUGAGAUCUAGAUCUAAACGGUGAGUCUUGAAAUCGCACUCUCCACAAAAAUGGGCCAAGCACGCAAAUUCAAAAAACAUGUCGACAAAAACAAAAUCAUCCGAUCAACGGGGUGCCUUAGUAGGAACUUGCAAAAAAACAUUGAUCUUCCUUUCGAAUGUCGGAUAACUUCCAGGACCCCUAGCGACUACACAACUCAAACAUGAAAAAAUCAAAAAGCUGACUUUUAGAUUCUGUGCGUCAGGAUAAAAAAAAGAGGACCUUUUAGCUUGAAGUUUGAUUCUUUUCCAUGAAUAUCGCGUAGACUCAAUAACCCGCAGUUGUCCUUUUCGCACCAGCAUCAAAAUGGGUUUCGGCGCCUGGUCCUCUGACGAAGAUGAAAAGGGCUCCACAAGGCCCUUCCAGUCCAAAGUGGCGCAGCUCUCGCUGAAGCGAAAAGCAGAGCAGCAGGCGCGGAACAAGAAAAUAAUCGGCAGCGACGACGAGGACUCGGAGGAGGACAAAAAAACGAAGAAGGCGAAGCCCUUCAUCAGCGCCGUGGACAACAGGCCAAAGUCGGUGGGGAUUCUCGGCUUCCUUCCUCCGCCGAAAAACGUUCCGGAAGCGGCUUCUAACCUUGCGGACGAUGUUGAACUCAAGUUGGAAAAGCAGAUCGCAAACUCGUCCGCUGCGGCGAACACGAAUGGCAGCAGCAUGGGGAGCAGAUUCAAGAUAAAUCAAGGCAAGAUAGCAUCAGGCUACGACAGCUCGGAUGACGACGGAGUAGAUGCGGGUAACAACAACGCCGAAAGCGGCCUUGCAUUUACGACAAACGACGUGGACUACGGUGGCGGUUUUGUAGAUAGUACGGCUGGCUCGAAUAAAGCGACAGGCACCAGCACCACUUCCGCUGGUGGAGACAAGGCCAAACCGACUCCUGUAAGUAUCGACAACUGGGACUCUGACGAGGAGGAGCAGCAGAUCCAGCAAGCACAGAAACAGAACCCGGUCUUGCAGAGCGAACUCCAGAAGCAGCAGGCGAAAGACGCUUUUCUGGCGCAGUACGGCGGCGCGAAUGCUUUGUCCAAGCAGGAUUUGAAGGACCUCAGCGAGGCGUUCGAGUCGCAGCAGCUGAACACGCUCGCAAGUACAGAAUUGUUCAAUGAAAAAUGGCUGGAGCAAAACCCGUCCUACAUGGCCAGUCUACACGAGAAGGCGGAUCGGGCCAACGCGCAGACCCAGGACGAGGCGAUCGUCGGCUUCCAGGUCGAGGCCGGGUCCACGACCCAGGUUACCCAAAAGCAGAAGCAAAAGCACCAGAUCACCUACCUGGCGGCGAUGGCGAGGAGUGCGCAGGGCGAGAUCAACGCGCAACUCUCCGCCGGCCGCGGAAUUCGCCAGGAGGCGGGGUCAAAGUACGGGUGGAGAUAGUACUAAUUUGGAUAGUAGAUGUCAAUUGAAAUCUCUCUUCGUCUUCGUGAUGAAGAUGAUAAUGGCAUCUCUGCCGAGAUUCUCAUUUUGCGUGGUAGCCGCAAGUCAGCUGCCGUGCCUCAGCUGCGGUGCCUCUCUAUGCUGGAAAAGAACCACAAGCGACACAAGUAGAUCUUGAUAACAAAGCUCGACUCAUCUGAGUAACGCUAACGGCAACCAAGUACGAAGCAGUCAUUCUGUUCGCUCGUUCUCGUGUCUUUUUCUCUCCUAAAUACGGCGGUGUUCCUUCCAAACACAAUCAAACUUCG